AGCCACAGCAUCUAUCUGUACCUGACAAAAAUGCAUGCAUGUCAUUUAUUGUAGAGUUUCAACAUUUUAACCACUUUUAAAGACUGAAAGGAGGCAUAGAAGGGGGGACUCUUCACUCCUCAAAUUAUUUAAACAAGUAAAAUUCUUUUUAAAAAAUGCAUCUCAAUCCUACACAGCAAGUCAGCAGGGCACAGUGCAGUGAAGCAGUUGUUGUCACUGAAGCCACAGGAUUACUCAAACAAGAAUCUACUGAGUCCUUUGAUUUAGCUUGGUACAACAUCACUGUCAAAUACAAGAAAGAUAUUGCUGACAGUAAGACAUACAUUAAAAAUCUAAUCCCCUGGAGGAAGAGCAUAAAUGAUUAUACGUGUGUGUUGAAUAAUGUUACAGGCAAAGCUGAGGGAGGACAGUUAAUUGCUCUGAUGGGUGCAAGUGGAGGUGGGAAAACAACAUUACUUGCAGCAAUAGGAAAUCGCCUAAAAGGUCAGAUCAGUGGGGAAGUUUAUCUAAAUGGUCAUUUGGUUACCAGAUCACUGAUGAUGAAAGUUUCUGGUUUUGUCCCACAAAAUAAUAUUGCUUUUAACACACUAACUGUGAACGAGCAUCUGUUAUUCAUGGCACGUAUGCGAAUGGACAGCAAAAUUAGUGCAAGUUCUCGAAAGACUUGGAUAAACAGUCUUGUCAGUGAGUUAGGCCUUUCCACUUGUGCUGAUACUGUACUCAGCAAGAUAUCUGGAGGAGAGCUCAAAAGACUGAUGCUGGCUAUUGAGUUGUUAACAGAUCCACCUAUACUUCUUUGUGAUGAACCUACCACUGGACUUGACAGCUACAAUGCUCAAAUAAUGAUACAGAAGCUUAAAUCUCUUGCAGCAAGAGGCAAGAUAGUGAUCUGUUCUGUCCAUCAGCCUUCUUCAGAAGUAUUCAGAUUCUUUGAUCACUUAAUACUCCUGGCAGAAGGGAGAGUUGCAUUUCAAGGAACUCUUUCUGAAGCAGCUGAAUUUUUUAAAAGAUUAGGGUACAUGUGCCCUGACUCUUUCAAUCCAGCAGAUUUCUACAUAAAACAGCUCUCUGUAAUUACUGAUUAUGAGGAAGAAUGCUUGAAAAACAUCAGAAAAAUUUGUACUGCAUUUUCACAAUCAGAUUUUUCUAAGGCCUUGGAAAAGAAACCUGACACUGCCCCAGCAGAGUUUCCCAUGGAACUUUGUAAUUAUACAAAAAUAUCCCACUGUAAUUGGCUGUCUCAGUUUUACUGGUUGAUAUGGCGCUCAAUGAAAGAUUCCAGGAGAUCAUAUUUUGGACAUGCUCUCCAAAUUAUUAUGUUCUUGACUACCACAACAGUUGUAGCCACUUUCUACCAGGGUGUCAGUCCAGAAACUCAGGAGGGAAUGCAAGACUUCAGGGGGCUGCUGUAUCUUCUUUCUAGUGAAAUGUUCUUCUAUAGUGCAUACAGUGUGCUCUACACUUUCCCAUAUGAAAUUCCUAUAUUCCUAAGAGAAAGCAACUUAUACUCCUCAUCAGCAUACUACAUUUCCAAGGUCAUAGCAGCGAUGCCAAGGACUGUAAUUGAAACAGCAGUAUUUUUUGGAUUUAUUUUCAUACUCGCUGACUUCCCAGUAGGAGGACUGGUUGGAUAUUUCAUGCUAUUGGGUCCACUGUUGUUGAUAUCCAUUGGUGCACUAGCCUACGGUUGUAUGAUGUCAGCCCUCUUUGAAUCAUAUGAUCUCAUAGCUACAUUGACUGUUGCAAUUGAUCUUCUCUCAAUGCUGAUGGCUGGAAUAUUUAAUAAUCUCAGGGCACUGCCAAAGAGAAUUGCUUGGUUGAAAUAUCUUUCACAGUUUUAUUACUGCAAUGAGCUGUUGGCAUCCCUAUUCUGGAAACAUGUGGACCACAUAAGUUGCCCAAACAAUCCUGAUUUGCCUUGUCUGCAUAAUGGUGAAGAAGUACUUGAUCAAUAUGGAUUUAAUCCACAUAAUACUAUGACUGACAUUAUUGUCCUCUUUGCAUUCUUUGUACUUUUGAGUAUGAUUGGAUUUAUACAAAUAUGGAGGAGAAGCAGAAAGUAUUCCAUCUACUAAGUUGUAUGCUCAACUAUCACUUAAUAUCAUAUUCAUGUAUUUGCACAUAAUAUUACGCCCAAGGAUUUACUGAGUAAAACAGGGUGUAUCAUAAUUAAUGAUGUAAACACAUACAGUUGAAAGUACACAAUACUAGAAGCAAAAAAGUCUCACUAAACAUAGGGUUGAAAAUGCAUACCUUAAAAGCUAUGAGCUGUUUUUCAUCUUCGAUACUGUAAAACAAAUCUCUUCUACUGCAACUUCUUUGCUUUCCAUAUUUUGAGAAGUGUUAGUAUGGACCAAACUAAGAGAUAAAUGUCCAGAGAACAUGUUCUCUAAAACUCAUACCUUAAAAGUUACGAGCACUUGAUCAUUAGAAGGGUUGUGUUACAAAGUAGCAAAGAUGAACAAGUGCUCAUAGCUCUUAAGGAAUGCGUUUUAGAGCACAUGUUUACUGGACUUCUUUUUCAUGUU